AUGAAGAAGGAGCUAUAUCUAUAUGAAUAUCCCAUAUCUGAUAUUCCUAAAUCAAUAAUUUCGGAGGAUCCAAAGUUUCACACUGUUCUUCAUUCUGGCAAGUCUUACAGAUCUUCUGAAUCAAAUUCUCUUUUGCAUCAUUUAGUGUCUACUUUAAAACAAUGUCAUCAAGUUGAUUCUACUACUUCUACUACUGCUGCUGCUACUGCUACUACUACUACUACUACCACUACAGAUGUUUACCAUUUCAAUAAUAAUAAUACUGAUUUCAUAAAAAAAUCCAACAUUCCUUCUACCAGUUUGGAAUUAUCAUCGUCUGCUGCUACUACUUCUACUACUACUACAAAUGUAUGCUUGGCAACUGAUUUAGAAGAAACAGUGAAACAGUCUAAAUCUUCAAACAGUUUGGAGUCAAAUGAAAAGCGUAAUUUCUUUGAUCUAAUUAAAGAUAAUUCUAAUUCUGAGAAAUACUUUAAUCAGUGUAUUGAUGACUAUCAUGAAGAUGACAAUACCGAUGAUAAUAAUAGUGGGAAUGAUAAAAGUAAAACAGUACCACUACCUACUGCCACUACUACUGCUACUCACAGUAGUGUAGUACCACUACGCAAAAAAAGAACUAAAAAUGAUUUAGAAGUAGAUACUACGGAGCAGACAGUAAAUGAAUCUCCUUCAACUAGUAUAGAUAAUCAUCACAACAAUAAAACUUCAAAAACUGGUAUUCUAUGGGCUGUAGAUCCAGUGGAUGGAUGUGAAUGGAUACUUCACGGUAGACCACCUAGACCAUCUAUUAUUCCUAAAUAUGGAUCAUCUAAUAGUCGACUGGGUGGUGCUUAUCGUUCGAAGACUACUCAUUUUCUCAAGUGCGUUUUAGAUUGUUUGCUUGACAUGCUUUUCUGUUAUAUACACCUAAAUUUAGACAACUAGAUAAUUUCAUGAAACUUUAUACAUUGUAGUGUCGUAGUAUGACGCUUCUCUAAAUCAUUCUGUAGACUAUUUUAUUACUUAAACCACAAGCUUGGUACAUUAUGGACACAAAGAGAUGAGCCGCAAAUUCUGGAUGUGUGUGUGUGGGGGGGGUGAGGGUGUAGUAAGCAAGUAGGAAACGCUCGUAAACAAUCAAAGAUCGCUAGAG